AGGCGUUACUGAGUCUGUCGUUUCCGGCUUUGUUGUAAUCGUGACUUGUGCAGCGUAUGGUGAAAUAUUUCCGCGCAGUUGUUUAAUCGUCGAUAAUGUUACGUAGUUGGCCGUGAUAUAGUUGGAAAACACAUUAACAAAUCGUCGGAAGAUAAUAAGGGAUCAACGUAUUGCAGGACUAGGUUGCUUGCAGUACUGAAUCAAAAUGGAAUCAAUGGAUGCGCGCCUUGUGGCGCAAGCAUUGAACUACCAUGGUCAACAGUUGCAGAAAGUGUGGGAAGGAGAACGCAACGAGAAUGAGCUGGCCAUGCUCAAUCUCAAGGAACCAAAUUUUGAGAUCUAUCAACAACGUCAAAAGACUUUGAGUUUUGGUGAUAGAGGAAAAAGGCUAAAGCUACAGCAGUUCUUAGCAAAGAAAGCAGAUGCCCUUUAUGAUAAAUCAAAUUUGGAGAAAACAGUUGAACCUAUUAAGCAAGAAUUAGGAGAUGAAGAAUUUUAUGCAACAAUGCCAGGCCUUGAUACUUUUGUCACCAUGGAAAAAUCUCAACGUAUUCGCAAUUUUUUGGAGAGUUUGGUCAUUGGAGAUGUUAUUUACGCGCAAGUGAUGGGUAAAAGUGCUGCUGGGCUUCUUCUGAAGGUGCUUUGCAACUGCAGCGAUUGCCCCAGAGUUGUUACCGAUUUAGGAGUUAAGGCUCUAAUAUUGAACACGGCCACAGUGCCGGCAGUGGACAAGAAAGGUGUAACAAGAGGCUACAUGGCAAAUGAUCUCAUCUGCGUCGUAGUCAGUGAAGUUAACGUUGAAGCCGAACGAGUUGUUGCAGUUAUGAACGUACCUGCCCGUGAAGGGCAAGCACCACACCCACCUAUGGGACUUAUCCAUUCUGAUGAUCUUCCAGAAGCUUAUAAGAAAGCGAUGGACAACAAAGGACAAUCUUAUGAAGCGAUGUUGGAGAAUAGUACUGGCUUCAACAACCCGAACAACAUUAAAUAUCUUUGCGACGUGAUGGGUCUUGGACAAGAGAACCAUUCCAAUAUGGUUGGUUUAAGAGAAAAGUUUCCACCCAAUGAAUAUGCAUCCGAAUUAAGACAGGCACAGGCUAGUAAAUGGGCAUUCCGAAGCGUGGCUGAAGGUAUAGAUCAUUUCAAAGCUGGACGUCACACGGAAGCCUUCCAGUGUCUCAAUAAGGCACUUACCGUAGAUCCGCGAAACGUUGAAGGAUUAGUGGCUCGUGGAGCAUUAUAUGCAAAUAGUGGUAGUUUCAAGAAAGCAAUUGAUGAUUUUGAGACAGCAUUGAAACUAAAUCAAACUCAUACGAAUGCCCGUAAAUACAUGGCUGAGACUCUUGUUGCUCUAGGUCGAAGUUAUGAAGAUGAAAAGAAGUACGAAGACGCUCAAAAGGCAUAUGAAAAUUGCUUGGCGAUUGCUCCAUUUCAUGAAGAAGCUAGGAAUUCUAUUGAAUACAUCAAGUCUAAAACAUUAACAUCUUCUUUGAAUCCUUUGGAUACGUUCAAGAGUUUUGAAACUGAGAAUGAUGUCAGUGAAAAUAAAAAAGAAAAGAAGAAACGUAAGAAGGAAAGGAAAUUGCGUUCAAAGAAAAGGCAGAGAUGGAGUUCCAGUUCUAGUUCGUCAUCAAGUGGAUCUUCGAGUUCCUCCAGUUCUGAAUCCAGCAGUUCUUCUUCGUCUGCAAGUUCACGAUCAGCAUCCCGAUCGCCUAGUCGCAAACGAAAACACAAGAAAGAUCAUCGUGGUUCACUUUCACCGCUUAGCAAACGCAUGGCUCAAUACAAUAAUCCACCAGCUGCUGCUGCCACAACUACGCAUGACGUAAUCGCUCCAGUAUCUUAUAGUUCUAAUACUCGAGAUAAGAUGGAUGAUUAUGAAAUAAAAGUGCGGAAAUUCUUAGAACAAACAAAGGAUGAUUCUGAUUACGAAGAUAAAGUAAGAAAAUUCUUAGAAGAAACUGCUAGAUGGAAGAGAGAAAGAGAGAAGGAAAAGAAACAUUCGGAAAGUGAGAAAAUGAAGAAAAAGAAGAAGAAGGAAAAGAAAGGAAAAGACAAAGAAAAAGAGGAUAAAAAAAGCAGGAAGAAGAAGAAGAAAGAAGAAAGAAAAAAACGCAAAAAUAAGGACAAACUCGAGCGAGAUUUAGAAGCUUUGAAGAAAUCAUCAUUACCGGAUUUAGAACAAUUGGAAUCAAAACUGAAUGCAUAUUAUGCAAAAGUUGAAAAAGAGACUGCUGUCCUGAAAAGGUAUGUAGCUCAGUAUAAUGACAUAGCUUCCCCUCUUAGCAACGCGGAGAAGCUCGCUGAAAGUUCGCGAAGAGAGGAAGAGCUGCGCAGGGAGAAGGAAAGAGAAAGGGAUGAGGCUUCAAAAGCAUAUCACGAACGAGAAGCUAGAAUACCAAUGACCGCACAGCAGCGUAAAGAUCCGUUUAAUUUUAUAUUAUUUCCAGAAAUUCAGAGGAAACCACUCACGGACAUAUUUGAGCAAGAAUCUCAACUGAUUCAUCCUGAACCAAAAUUACCUACUCUCGAUACAGCUGCAUUGAAUGCAAAGUGGAAAGCCGCACAGGCUGCUAGACAAAAGGAUGUUCUUCCACAAAAAUGGCAAGAUGUAUCAGCAGAGAAUAAAAAGAUGCAGUCAAAUGUAGAUAGCGAUGAGGAUGAUGAUAAUGAAUUGGAAGAGAAACUGCAACGUACGGCAUUGGAAAAAUCUAUGAAUAUACGGAAACAAAUGCAACGUGAACUCGCGGAAAAGAGAGCAGCAGCUGCUCAGCCCAUGUCUGCGCCAACUCCACCGCCAUUACCCAAAGAACCGGUAAAAUAUCCCACGCCACAACCGCAGAACAAAUUCCAAUCAUAUAAGGAUCCUUCUAUAUCUGCUCCUCAAACAACACCAACCAAGUUUAGUUCUAGUAACAAUCUUGGUGGCAAAUUCCAACCUAUUGGACAAAGCGGUAAUACCGGUGCUGGUCAUCCACCAGAACCACCGCGUCCUCCUCCACUAGCAAAGAACCAAAAUCAAGCUAAAGGUCCUAGAACAGAUUCCGAUAGCGAGACAGAAAGGCAACAUAGACAACCAUCUAAGAAACGUGAAUCGAGCGGUAGAGGAGGAACCGUGACUAAGAGAAUGAGCAGAGAUCGUCCAGUGAAACGAUCACGGAGCAGAUCGCGCAGUGCCUCCAGUUCAGGUUCUUCGAGGUCUCGUUCACCCAGAAGAAGUCGUUCAAGAUCAUAUUCGAAUCGAAGAUCUGGAAGUUACGAGAGAAAAUACAGUCGAUCUCCAUCGGGCACAUAUAGUAGAUCACGUUCUAGAUCACGUUCCCGAUCUUAUACUAGAAGUCGCAGUCGCAGUAGAUCCGGAGAUAGAAGUUACUAUCGCAAGAGACAAUUUCGACCAUAUAAUAAUCGCGGCACUUAUUAUAAACCACGUUUCCAGGGUUUCAAUAAUCCAAACCAUCGUGGUGGUGGUAACAAUUUCCAAAAUCGUAACCGAUUCUAUAAUAAUCAACACAACAAUCGCUUUGGCAACAGACGUGGCGGUGGUUUUAAUAAUCGUGGUGGUGGACGCGGACGUGGUGGUAAUCGUGGUGGUAGAUUUUUCCACGGUAAGCAGGGCUUCCGCGAUUUCCGAGAUAGGCGUGACUUCAGAGAUCGUCGUGCCGCUUCUCGCGAUAGAUACAGCGAUCGUAGUUACUCUCCCGAUCCGAUGAGAAAAGUCGACGAAGCGAAAGAGAAGAUCAACAAAAUGCUCGAAGGGGGAGAUGACGUUAUGGAGCAUCAACAAGGUAGUGGAGGAUCGAAUGCUCCUCCUAGUAAAAGACAAGAUGGACCUUUAAGCGAAGGCGAAGAAAGGGACGACGAUGACUACGAGAGGUGGGGAGAGGGCGAGGGGGGCGACACAGCUAACAAGAAUGAGGUUGGACCUGUCGACGAUAACCUGGAAGGCAAGGAGUACUUCAUUGAGCGCAUGAAGCAGCGAAGCAAGAAUGUUUUAAUGCAGAGAACCCUUGCUGCUAAGGUUUGGUAGAAAUCCCGUUGCCGUUGCUGCUUCUUCGAUUCUUCUCCUUCAUCUGUGAUAUAGUUACUUCUUCUCAACGUUAAACAUCAACCGGAUCACGUGAGACAUAGACCUCUUACUCUAUUCUUAUACCGAAUAUUUUCGGUAUAUUUAAAACAAAGUCUAGAGGGGAUAUAUUGUAAGGAAAAACGUACAACAGUGCUAAUGACGGUUGCGAGAAAUGUACUUUUUUCUUUCGACUUUUUAACUUUAUCAGAGUAAUCGCGUAAAAUACGGAAUCAUAUCGUAUGAAUAUAAAUCGAGGCCGUUUCCCUCAAUUGUUAUAGUCUUGCACAUGAAUAUUUACUUAGUAAAUAUUCGUGAUAUAAUACAUAUAAAUGUGCGUUUCUCGCACAUUCAUACACUUGAUAAUACUUGAUAACUUGUUUGUACCGCGUGAAAUUAAUGAACAUCUAUAAACUUGUGAUUUUCCCCUCCUUUUUUUUCUUUAAUUGUUACCAAAAAAAGAAA